AUGUCCAUCACAUCCAAUGCAGAAUAUGCUCGUAUUCAGUUCGCAACCUUGGCUGGCUUAGAACAAGCAUUAUUAAAGUAUUGGAAUAUCGAGUCUUCUCCUGAAUCCGCCAUUGUGAUUCAAGGCGAUGAGAACUGGAUCUUUACCGACGGCGGACCAGCACGGCAUUCGCUUCACUUGCACAAUCUAAAGACAGCGCAAUUACACCCGCAAACAACGUAUCGCUAUCAAGUGGGUGCGGUGAAUGUGCAGUCAGAGACACAGUGGUCAUCGAUUUACGAAUUCCAUACACCUUCUCGAGACGAUGACUUUCACUUUCUGGUAGUCAGCGAUAUGGGGAUAAACAAUGCGGUGGCCUACAAACAUUUGGUGAAACUAGCCAAAGAACACACACAUGAUUUUGUCGCCAUGGUAGGCGAUCAAGCGUAUGACAUGGCCGACCAAAACGGGAGCAAAGGCGAUCAAUACAUGAACUUUGUACAAGAAUUAUACGCACGGCUGCCUUUCCUAGGCACACCCGGCAACCACGAAAGCCUCUACAACUUUACCCAUUACAAAAAUAGGUUUAAUAUCCUUCCGUUCCAGGAAUCCGGAUUUGAGAAUCCGGAUAUGUAUUCUAUAGAUUACAAGUCAUUACAUUUGGUGUCGUUUUCGACGGAGGUGCUUUUUGAAGGUUCAGACGCAGAGAUCGAGACAGCAUUACAUUGGUUGGACAACGAUCUUCGCAAGGCGAAUAAACACCGUCAAAAGAGACCGUGGGUCGUGGUUUUUAGUCACAGACCCCUCUAUUGUUCUACACAAACAAUCAGUCAAGAUUGCACCUACCGAGCCGCUCACGUUAGGAAUGGCGUUUCCGAUUUCGAUCUACGUACGUUUUCCCCCGGCAUAGAGAAGCUAUUAGUAGAACGCAAUGUCGACUUGUAUAUCAGUGGUCACGUUCACAAUUAUGAACGCACAUACCCUGUGACCAACGGGACGGUCACUGCUCGAACUUACACUGAUGCCCCCAGUCUCUUCCAUUUGGUAGUUGGGAAUGCGGGACAACCGGAAAGACCCGAUUUAUUUAAUUCAACUGGACCGUAUGCGGAUUGGUCUGCGUUUCGAUUUGACGGGUAUGGUUAUACGGAUAUUAAAGUGACCCCUACCAGUCUGGAGCUCAUACACCGGGAGACCAAAACAGAUGGCACGCUUGGUGAUAUUGUGGACCGAGUCACCGUAACAAAAGAUGUGAAGAAGUAUAACUAA